AUGGUAGAAAUAAUACAUGGCAUGAUAAUAAUCAAAGAAAACAAAUCCAAUACGGUGACGGAAAUCUUAACAAUUACCAAUCUUAUUAUAACAAUUCAAAUAAUUAUAGAGGUAGUGACAAUAAUCAGAGAGCAAAUACAAUAUAACAACAACUCAAAUAAUUAUAGAGGUGGCGACAACAAUAAUAGAAAGCAAAUACAAUACAACAACAAUGAUUACAAUAUGAAUAUUGAAGAAAUUAUUGAAGAGAAAGUUGACUCUAUAAAGAACAAAGAUGAUAACGAUUUCAAUGUUAACAACUUAUCUGGUGACAUGCUCAAUAACAAAGAUAAUGCAUUUAUGACUACUUUAAAAGUGAACGAUAUUGUUACGUGUAUGCAAGUUGAUACAGGCUCAAAACAUACUAUUAUACCUCAUGGUCUGGCUAAAAAACUUGGUAUUCGAGAUGUUAAGAAAUCCGAGUUACAACUUACCGCUUAUGACGGAAAUUGA